AUGGCAGUGACAGGAUGCCCCCAGUUUGUAAUGUCGCGUAGUGUGACUUGCACUGCUUCAGGUUUGAUGUGUGUAUUAAUUGCUCUGACUUUAGCAGAAGCUCAUAUUCGGAUUCUAAUAACAUACCCAGGAGAUGAUACUUCUUCGGCCUAUAAGUGGUCAAUCAAAUGGAUUCUAUACGUUCAGUCAAUCGGAGUGGCAUUGGGUACUAUUGUCCCUGCAUUCAGAUGGUUUACUGCUGCCCGGUUUAAGUGUUCAGCUUUAAGGAGGAAAAGCUUCAAAAACGAGUUUAAAAUUGAGACUUACUGGAUUCAGAGACUUGUGGACUGGAAAGAAAGCUCAUUACCUUUACAAGUUCGACACCGCAAGUGGAAAAAAUUUCUUCACGCUAUAAGAAGACUACUUCUGAAUUACUGUCUUGGAGUACAGAUUCUAUUGGUUUGGGCUAGCAAACUUGUUCUUCUCAUUUCUGCCUCAUUCUUCCAUCACAUCAAGAAGCUGAAAAUAUUUGUUAUUCGUGCUUCUGAUGAAACCAGCGGAACGGAAUCAGGUGGCAAUGCACAGUUGGAUCUUACUCGUUAUGUUCUUCUACUUCCAGGUGAGCCUGGAAUUCCCAAAGAGACCCUCAAAAACAUUUGGAAUGAGGUGGACAAAGUGACGGAGAAGGGGAAAAGACAGAAACUGAUCAACCUAAUUGAACUUCUACAUAAAUCUAACAACUUCAAUGGGGUGAGAGAAUUUGAGAGUAAUCGAGUUCCAAGUUUACAUUCUCAGGAGCCUCCUAAUAGCUGGUCUCUACCUGUGGUGACUCUUACAUGCAUCGCAAUUGCACUUCCCAACAUUUCAAAUGACAAUGCUAAUCAGUUGGUGAGGUGUGUCGGGGAAGGUCUUACCUUGUUAAAUCUGAUAGAGAAAAGCCUGGAUGAAAAUGGGGCUUUAGCAAUCAUCAGAAAUGCGGCAGAUAUUGUAUGGGUAGGAGUUGAUUUAUAUUGCAAGUGGCAAGAUAAGGAUCUCCGCAAAAUAAGUCUCCACGGCAGAACCUCCAAGGAAAUAUUAGAAGAGCUUUCCCAUGAAGCUGAAAGGACUGUUAUGCAGUUCCUCAAAGAAGUAAAAGAUUUCCUAAUGGAUAACCCUCUGAAUUGGCCAGUAAAGAUUAUAGCUGCUAACUCAAUGUACCGGAUCACUCAAACUAUUUUGCUGGCCAGUGGCAAUAUGGAAACAGAUGAGGGACUGUUUGACCAUUUAUCCAUUAUGAUUGCGGAUAUAUUGGCAGCUUCCCUUACCAAUUUACCACAUGUCAUAACUAUUAAAUGCCACCAUAAUUCCCAAAAGCAAAGGCAAAAUAGUGUUCGUCAAGCUGCUCUCCUUCUUGGGGAAACAGAAGAAAUUCUACAAAUUCUUCAGCAGCCCGAUGCCGGAUAA